AUGUUCUCUCCCUCAUCUCAUCUCCUAUCGGCGACCUCAGGUCAUCUUUUUCCACCGGCGACCUCGACUCAUCUAUUUCCACCAGCGACCUCGGGCUCACGUCACGUCACCAGAGACUACAACGACUGCUCAACAUUACAAGCCCUAAGUAUGAUUAAGCCGACCGCUGUUCUCCACAUCUCCAACUUCUUUCCUUCCCAUGGUCCAUCAAUUAGAUGUUAUUCCCCACCACGUGAUGAUAUGCUUAACAUGAACUUUCAAGCCCUUCCUCUAGCAGAUCCCUAUAUACCAUCAGGAACAUAUUUAAGGUUAUUUGAUCAACUUUUCCUUCUUUUGUGUUUUGUCAGAUCAGAUGCUUAUGAACCCAUGCAAUUUACUUAUGUUUUGCUCUGUAUGUUGAACUUUCAUCAGACAUAUGGGGACUCCUCAUUCCAGGAUUGUAAGAAAGCACCAAGUCUAGGUUUUGAAAGCCCUUCUAGGCUUCUUAAUGGUGAAAGCUUGAAAGUCGAAUCAAUUGCUGAUUUUGAUCUCUUCUUUAAGAGGCUGUAUAGCUACUACUGUGAAAAAUGUCUAUGCUGCAUAAUCAUUAAGUGGAUUGUUGAACUUAUGAGUUUGGCUUUUACCAUAUGUUUUUUGGCUUUGUCCAUAGGCAACAUAUGUAAUGGAAGUCUUUAUCCAUCUUGGAGAGCCUUGUCAUGUUUGUCAGCUUCUUGUGCUCAUAGUUCAACAUAUACAUCAAGAGUUGAUGUGAGAACUGGAUGUGAUCUAGAUGGGCUUAAACUUGUUGUGGAGGGAGCCUCUAUUCCUGAGUGUGCUAAUGGGACAAGCAUUGUGAUACCCAUACCAGGAGCUGUGAGUGAUGAGGAUAUGGCUGUGACAGGAGCAGGUGCACGUGUACAUGACCAAGAUAUAACCAAGCUUCCAUUUUUAUCUGAUUUUGAAGAACUGGAGGGCGAAUUGGAUUUUGUAACUCGUGUGGUUGUACUCACAUUCUAUCCUGCUGUGCCAGCCAGAACCCCUAUCACACUUGGUGAGGUACCGUACAUUGACAACUUUACUUCCCAUCAUCUCACUUUAUUUUUUCCGAGAGACCUUUUUGCUUCUAAUAUGAGGUUAUGGGAACAUAUCAAUAAAAUCAAACAAGAUACUCAUACCGUUACCAUUACCAACCCUUUGCCCUCAUCUGAUGCAAACAACAAUCCCUUUUCUACUGAUGAUAAUUCGCUAAAAUCCAAAAAUUCCAGUACCUCCUGGGUAAACCUAUUAUCGGGUGAUGGCAUUAUAUCCAUUUCACAACCAAUGCGACAAACUACUUUACAUGAUCCAUUUCUCAACCCAUUUCAUGAUCAUGAUGAAGCAAGUGAGCCUCCUCCACGUAAGAAGUCUGAAUUAGGAAGACCAAGUUCUGCCUCGAGACUCAUAACUUCAGAUUCAUCGGACCUUGGUGUAAUUAUGGAACCUUCAUUGGCUGAACUUUAUCACAACUUAAGAAAAGAACUCGCUGAGUUAUUCCAGUAUAAAUUUUUUGAUACUUCUGUUUAUGGUAGUGGGUUUCCACGUGCAGCUGAUGAAAGACCAUCGCCAUUGGUAUGUAUAGCUUGA